CACAAAGACAAGGAGGACCCACAGGCGCUCUGACUCUCUCAGCUUAGUUAGCAUACUCUGCUGUGGAGCGGCUGUCUACAUCCCACUAUUGUCCCAGUGAUGACCUCCAAAGUCAAAGGAAACUGAUAUGUUAGUAGGGUGGGGAAACUGUCAGCACAACACAGAAAGGAAACAGGAUUUUGUCUGUGUGAGUGUGUGUGUGAGUGAAGUGAGUGCAUGUAUGUGUGAGAUUGUACAGUAUGUACAACAGCCUGUGUGAGAAUGAGCCUUGAUUCAUGAAGAAGGGUUUAUUAGGGUAAAUAAGAUUGACUUGAUGCUAAAGAAGCCGUGAAAGUCUUCGUCUGACGACAUGAGACUAUAAAACAACACUGUCCACUUCAAGAAGCUGCUGGUCAAAGCACAGCACCUCCUCCCUCUGACUGCUUUGCCAGGUGGUACCAAGUAAACCCACCAUUCCGGCACCAACAUGCUGCAGCAGAUUUUACAGGACAUGUACAUUGACCCUGAUGUGCUGAACGCUCUUAAUGAAGACCAAAAAAAGACUCUGUUCCUGAAAAUGCGUCAGGAGCAGGUGCGGCGCUGGAAAGAGCGGGAGGAAAAGCUAGAGAGAGAAGGGGGGGAUGCAGAUUGCAAGCGAACAAAGCCAAAAAAAGCCAACAGUAAGAAUGUGAGCUGGUUGCUUGGCCGGGAUGGAGAUGUGGCGGUCAUUGUGAUCGGGGAGAUGGAUGAGCUGAGCUCCAAAUUCAUCUGCUCAGGAUUUGGAGAAAAGAAGGCGCCGAGUCUUCAGAACAACACAUACCUUCAAACUAUCUUGAAGAGCAGAAAAACCACAGAACCUGUCAGAAAUGAGAGAGAGAACCUUCCUCCUAAAACACAAUCUGGAAUCUCACUGAAUUUAAAGGGGAAAUGUGAGGAGACAAGCACUUCACUCCCUCUGCCGGUGUCAGUGAGUGAGCAUUCAUCACUUCCAGCAGCAGAAAAGCCCGAGCUGAAGUCAGCCAGUGCGACUGUGGACAAGUCAGUUCCCCAGCCCUCCAUCUGCUCCAGGCCUCCCGUGAGAGUUAGCCCUGUCAACGUGAGACCAGCUUCAGCAAAUGCGGCACCAGGCUCUGUCAACACGAGACCCGGGCUCACAAAUCUGAGGCUGGCCACUGCUGCGCCGUACUCUUCCCCCAGCAGUACAGUCAAAAUAGACUCUGGAACCACCAAGAGGGUCCUGUGCUCACAGGAACCUCGGAAGCCCCAGGAAUCACAGGGUGGGAACGAUGUUGGUGCAUCAGAAGUGUCUCGGAGGGCGGCCUCAGAGGAGGCCGGGUCAUCAGGGAGCGCGCCAACCUGCGCAGGGCGUGGCAGGGUGGCUCAGCUGAUGAAAACCUUCAGCGCUGAAAGCGCUACGACCCCCUCACAGACCCCCUCUCGCGGCAUCAAGCCUCCUCUCCCCACCAAGCCAGGCCACUUGCGUCUAACGACCACACCUACUGUCAGGUAAUCCAUACACACCGAUGCACAGAUGCCCACCCGGUUUCACGCAUCCACGUCAUUCAAAGAAAGCCAAACUGGACAAUACCGGACAUGUAUUGUGAAGCAUCAUAAAGCAUAAUGGGAUGGAGAACUGUAAAUGUGUCCCAGAGAAAUGGUAAUGCUCACAGUGUUGCUAUCACUCCCAAAGUUUAGCAGUGGAAAUGCUUGAACGUAAUGGUUCUUUUAUUUUUGAUGCUGCAGUACUGUAAACACUCUUUGUGGGGAAGAAAUUCCAAAGCAAUUGAUUGCAAUUGAAUAUUUGUUUUGUUUAACAAACAAUUCUUCUACCUUUUAUGUAUUUGCCAGGGAAUUGAUGACUAUCACAUGUAUUCACUUGUUGCUGAUUCUUUCCACUUUGUGUAACAUGUGGAAAAAUACACCCUCAUUCUCACACACAGUUUUUAGUCCAAUUCACAAAGCCUGUGCACACAAUAUUGUUUACUUACAAAUUCCUUUAUUUUCAUCUAUUAUGAGACAGUUUGCAUUUGCGCGUGUCAGUGUUUCUCUUUUAAUUUCUGUCUUCUUGAAUGAAAGAAUGGGCUUGGGCAGGCAGAAUGGGGUGAAAUAAGGUACAGUAGGGUCCUCCUUCAUCUUGCUGUCUUCUCCCUGGGAAUAGUGUAGGGUUGUUUAUUUGUCACAAUGCAAUGUAUGUCUCCCUCUGCCACCUGGCAGGAGCCUCACUGCGACCUGUUGUGGACCAAUGACAGUGCCAAAUGCCUCAUCUGUCACUCCCAGUGGAUCAAAUCCUGGCAAGUUAGACAGUAGCUGCCAAAUUAUCCAGCUCUUACUCUUCCCCAGUUUUUUUCAGUUCUAUUUUAGAGAUUUGUGGUUGCAUUUUGUUGUUUGUUUUUUUUUUUGUUUUUUUACAUUUUCUAUAGGGAGAAAGAUGUUUUGUAAUGGGAUAUUUAACGCUUCUACAGUGCUCACUUGUAAAAUGAGAGGCAUCUUUAUCAUUGAUGUCAAGUUUGUAUGGUG